UCCUCCUCGCUCCCGGUGUCUCCGGCCGGAGGAAGGGGAAGCGCCGCAGGGCUGGCGAGGGGAGUGGAGCGGCCCCUGGGGCCUGGGAGGCCUCGGAGCCAGAGAAGCCGAGGGGAGGCCCAGGGCGGCGGCGCAGACAGAGGCUUCGGACUUCAGCUCCCAGGAUUCCUGACAGAGGCUUCUGGGAACUGAAGUCAAAAUACCCGGAGGACCAAGGCAACGGAAAGGCUUGCGGCGAUGGGGCCUUGGCUGGUUUGCUUGUUGUGUGCUUUCGAGUCAUUUCCGGCCCUAAAGUGAUCCUUCUGGGGACCCUAAAGCGUAGCUGGGGCCGCCUUGGGCUCAGAAAUGACUGGAAGGCCCAGAGCAGAAAGCCUGCCUUGUGCCCCUUCCCCUCCCUCCCGUUCAGCCUCCUCAGGAGGGAGCGUCGCCAGAGGGGAGCAGGGAGGAGAAGGAGCAGCUGGACAUUAGCAAUGGCAGGGGGCCUGUCUGUUGUUGUUGUUGUUGUUGUUGUUGUGUGCCUUCAAGUCAUUUCCAACUGAGUCAAGCCUAAAGUGAACCUGUCAGGAGUUUUGUUUUGCUUUUUGGCAGGUUCCUUCCGAGGGGGUCUGCCAUGGCCCUCCUCUCAGGCUGAGAGAGCGUGACCUGUCCAGAGUCAACCCUUGGGUUUCAUGGCUGAGCAGGGAAGUCAUAGUCCACCAUGAAGGUAGAGGUGGGGAAAAGCCAGUCUUUCUCUGUUGGAGGGAAGAAUUCUGGACGGGAGGCAACAGGUCCCUCCUCGCCUGCAGACUCCGCCUGGUCCUCUGCACCCCAGUUCUCUCCUGGAGACCUUGAACCCUCCACAUGUCAGUAAAGGGGGGAAGUGGGAGAAAUGCACCAGGGAAACUAAAGAGAGUAGGAAGCUUUCCUGGGAGAGAGGAAUGGGGACAGUGCUGGCUUGUAGAAAGGUUUUGGCCUGUGGAAUUCUGUUGAAAUUGUCAUUAAAAAGAAAUCGAUCAAGCCCUGCUUUGGUUUGGAGAUUCCCUAUUCUGAUAGUGCAUUCAGAGAGCAAAAAGUCCAUUCCCUGUAAGCAAGAGGAUCAGGUAGGCUAUGGGUGAGGCUUCCCCUCCAGGCCUCCCCCAUCCAUUCUGUCAUUUAACACGCAAGUGAGAAAAGGACUUUCCUUGCUUGAUUUCCAAUUGUCAAUUGCUUUCUUUCUUUAUAGUGACAAGACUCUCUGAAGUAAACAACCUGAAGUUCCUGUUGAUUAAAUUUUCACAUGCUACAACUCUGUCGUAUGCUGUGAUAAAUCAUUCAGAGCAAAGGGAACUGUCUCCAGAACAGCUUGGAGAUGCUUAUAGAAUGCAGGAAAGAAGGAAAAGCAGGAUUCAAUUGGAUAGAAAGUAGAAGAAAAUACCUUACUGAUGUUUAAGCUGAGAGCAGUGGAGCAUUUUGGGAAGGAACCGCACAGCAGCACCAGAUGAUGAAAAAUAUGCUCAUUUCAGACACAAAGUGCCAGCAUUUCAGGCAGUUCUGCUAUGAAGAAGCUGAAGGGCCUAGAAAGGUUUGCAGCCACCUCUACAAUCUCUGUUGCCAAUGGUUGAAGCCAGAGAAGCACACAAAGACUGAGAUGCUGGAUCUGGUGAUCUUGGAGCAGUUCUUGGCUAUCCUUCCACCGGAGAUGUCAGCUUGGGUGAAAAAGUGUGGAGUAGUGACCAGUUCCCAGGCACAAGCCCUGGCAGAAAGCUUCCUCCUCAGUCAGAUAGAGGACAAGAAGCAGAAGGAACAGCAGGAUGUUUUUGUGGAAGAGACAGCCAAAGCAGGGAAGGAUCCUUCUGAGACCAAGUGGGUCAGGCCAGACAGAGACAGAGUCUGGGCUCCAAAAGGACAUUCUGACAAAAAAAGAGGCUUCCCUCUUUGGAAACUUGAUCAAGUGGAGGAAUCUGCUAGGUCUGGAUUAGGAAAAAGUCUUCCUGCCAUCCAGGCUGAGAGCAGUGUAGUCUUCUGGGAAAGAACCACACAACACAGCUUGAGGAAAGAUACACUCAGUUCAGAUCUACAGCACCAAAUCUUCAGGCAGUUCUCCUAUGAAGAGGCAGAAGGGCUCAGAAAAGUUUUCAGCCAGCUUCACAAUCUGUGCUGCCAAUGGCUGAAGCCAGAAACACACACAAAGACGCAGAUGGUAGACCUGGUGGUCCUGGAGCAAUUCGUGACUAUCCUUCCCCCAGAGAUGGAGAACUGGCUCAAAGAGUGUGGAGUGGAAACGAGUUCCCAGGCAGUGGCCCUGGCAGAGGGUUUCCUUUUGAGUCACAGAGAAGAGAAGAAACAGAAAGAGCAGCAGGACUUGAUUAUGAAAGGAACAGCUGAGACAGAGAAGGAUCCAUCUGAAAAGUGGAACAUGCCAAAGAGGAACAGAGUCUCCACCUCAUUAGAAAAUGGAACAAAGGAAUGGACAACACAUACUAGUUCAUCUGCUAAUAAUGAUGCGCUUGGCGCAGCUUCAGUGAGACCGGAUCAGGUGAUCUUUGAAGAGGUGGCUGUAUUUUUCACUGAGGAAGAGUGGGCCUUGCUGGACCCAGGUCAAUGGGCCCUGCACAGGGAAGUGAUGGAAGACAAUUUGGGGCUCGUGUUCUCCCUCAAUGCUGAAGAGCCAUUGUGUAAGAAGGAAGAGGAACCAUGCAGGGUGUUAUCCAUAACAGCCAACUAUAAACAGAUGGAGGAGAAUGAAAGAAACUCUGACUCUCAAGAGAAGGGGAAGAACAAAGCAUCUGUUUUUCAGGGUAGGGAGGUCUAUGAAAUCUCACUGCAAGAAAUAAUGAAAGAAAAAAAGAAAAGAAAUAGAUAUAUAUGCCUUCUAUGUGGAAGAAGCUUCCGUUUUAAGGGCAGUCUCAACUGUCAUGUGAGAACUCACACAGGGGCGAUUUCUUUCAAAGGUGAUGAGUGCAGAAAGAUGCUCAGUGUUAGGAAAGCCCUGAUUUCCCAUCAAAAAUGUUACAUGAGUGAGAAACCAUUUCAGUGCUUGGAGUGUGGAAAAUUCUUCAGUCAUAAGACAAUCCUCACUCGUCAUCAAGCAACUCACACAGGGGAGAAGCCAUUUCAGUGCUUGCAAUGUGGAAAGAACUUCAGUCAGAAGACAGAUCUCACUAUUCAUCAAAGAAGUCAUACAGGAGAGAAGCCAUUUCAGUGCUUCCAGUGUGGAAAGAGAUUCAGUCAUAAGCAAAACCUCACUGCUCAUCAAAGAAGUCAUACAGGAGAGAAGCCAUUUCAGUGCUUGGAAUGUGGAAAGAGAUUCAGUCAGAAGCAAAACCUCACUGCUCAUCAAAGAAAUCAUACAGAUGAGAAGCCAUUUCAGUGCUUGGAGUGUGGAAAGAGGUUCAGUCAGAAGAUAGGACUUAUUUAUCAUCAAAGAAGUCAUACAGGAGAGAAGCCAUUUGAAUGCUUAGAGUGUGGAAAGAGGUUCAGCCAGAAGUCAGGACUUACUUGUCAUCAAAGAAGUCAUACAGACGAGAAGCCGUAUCAGUGCUUGGAAUGUGGAAAAAGGUUCAGUCAGAAGCAAAACCUUACUUCUCAUCAAAGAAACCAUACAGACGAGAAGCCUUUUCAGUGCUUGGAGUGUGGGAAGAGCUUCAGUCAGAAGAUAGGACUUACAUUUCAUCAAAGAAGUCAUACAGGAGAAAGGCCAUUUCAGUGCUUGGAGUGUGGAAAGAGCUUCAGUCAGAAGUCAGGACUGACCUGUCAUCAAAGAAGUCAUACAGGAGAGAAGCCUUUUCCAUGUUUAGAGUGUGGGAAGAGGUUCAGUCAGAAGCAAAACCUCAAUGCUCAUCAAAAGCGUCAUACUGGGGGAAAUCAUUUCAGUGCUUAAGAGUUUGGGUUUUCUUGGUGAAAUAGUCUCGCAAGGAGGUUCACCUGUCUCUUUUUUCAUGCAGUGCUAGCCUGCAUUAGCUAUGGUGUCACUGCUGUCCUCUCUAUGAGAUCCUCUGAGCUAUGUUAAGAGAGACUGCCAUAUUUCGCAGCAGAAGUGUAGAGGAGGAGGAUGUGAUACGUGGAAAUAAAGUCUUUGGGAAUGGAGACCUUAUUGAAUAUCUUAAGAACUUACUCAGGAAAUACCCCCAUGAAUGCUGAGACUGCAUAAAGCUAAUUUUUUUAUUGAUUAAAAUGUGGUUUGUGGGAGUUGUUGGUAAUGACGCAAAGUAAUGUCAUCUACCUGUAUUAAUAUCUUCUGUGAGAAUUUCAAGUAGAAAGCAACUGGAAAGACUGAAUGAGAUUUAAUUGUUAAUGUAGAGGUUUAAAGAAGUAAUGUAUUAAUAGGCACAGAUAUAAAGACCAAUGAAUUCUGGAUAAGUGGUAUCAAAAAUGAUUGGCAAUGUGGCCUUUACAUGUCUAAAGGGGGAAAGUUUGAGUCUGAACAUCUCUAAAGGGUUGUUUGGAAGAAGCAGUGAAGAGUUGUAUUUCUUAUACCACUGUGUAAAAUUUUUGCUUAUCAGUUAAUGGUAGAUAACUAAUGGAUAGUAAAUUUUGUGUAAAAUAUCAACAGUAAAAAAGUCCCAUGUAUAGAAAUUUUUACAUACCUCUGUGCCCCACUGCCCCCCCAUUUCCUGAGGGAAGUCAACCUUCUGUCCAGGAGGAAUUUCAAAAUGUUCUCCAUUUUGAGCUUGAC